GCUGAUGCUCAGCUUCUUCCAAGGAUCCUUUAGCAAGUCUCACGGAACAAACGUCCACGAACAUCGCAGAAGUCGACGUCGCCAACCUUACAUACAUCAUACUCCACUUUGAUGCCCGUCCAGCGGAGACGACCCUUGUGCCACACCUGCGGGUCGCCGAUGGUGGGGCAUAAGCGGCCCAACGGAAUACUAGUGUGCCCUAGUCCAGACCUUACUCCCAGACCUUCUCCUGCCAGACUCACACGUAACGAUGCUGUAUCCACCUUCGAUACUAUCCCGGAGAACGGCGUAUGGCAUCGACGUAACCCCAACUGGCGAGAACCCGAGCCAUCUCCGUUGAUCGACGAAGCGGGCAGGAACCCUUCCUGGGUGCCCACGGAACGAGAUGGAUGCACCCCGUUGGAUGGAAUCGACGAUGACAAACACUGGGAGCAGGAGGAAGAUGCGGAGUCGGACAUGACACCUACUGCGACCCCUUCCAGAGUCCUCGGGCGGACCAUAUCGCAGGCGCUCAUCGAUAGCAUCCCCCUCGCCAGCCUUUUCACUACAUCCACUCGCGACCUUCCUAUCAUACGCGACGUCGCGGACAGACAUGGCUUAACCAUGGGCGUGGUACCUUCACCCAACUACAAACGCGGCCCCGAGAUCAAGCGCGAAGACGGGGAGUCAUCCCACGCGAGGAACUUAGGGCGCCAACACUCGUGGUGGUUAGUCAUGGGUCGGGACAAGGCAGCAGUGUCGCAUCUGCUGGAUGUCCACGAGCGAGAUGCGGGAGUUGAAUCCGGUGCCAACAGAAUGACGUUUUUGGACGUUCUGAUCGCGGGGGUAAUUGGCGGCUUGGUGGUGUUCUAUGGGUUGUCAGUGUUAUGACUCAGGAAUGCGAUCACUGGAUCAGUAUUUACGGAACGAUACUACGCCAGAUAUGCGAUAUGUUCCUCAUGUACAUUAUCGAACCAUGCUUGACAUUCUGGCGCUUCUCGAGAACUCGGCGGCCGCUGCCCAGCGCCAGCUCAUAAAAUAGGUGGAGGACAAGUUGUAUAAAAGC